UUUAUUUAUUUUGUCUCAAUCAAGAAUAAAUCCUCUUUUGUUUCCUCUUUCUUUCUUUCAUCUUCUCCUGCGAGAUGAAAGCACCGAACAUGGAGACGAUAACGGAUUCUCUCGAGAAAUCGAUGCAGAAUUGUUCUCUCAAUGAUCGGAGAAGAAGGGUCGGAGGAGGAGGAGGAGGAGAUGGCUUUGUUGGGAGAUCGUCCACCAACGACCACACUACUCCGAUCUCAGAUACAACCUUGGAGCUCAAUUCUCACUUAUCUCUCCCUUGUCACUGGGAACAGUGUCUUGAUCUUAAGACAGGAGAGAUUUACUACAUAAACUGGAAAAACGGAAUGAGAGUGAAAGAGGAUCCAAGGAAGGUGAUGAAUGCUUAUCCUGACAGUGGAGAAUCAUAUGGAACAGUGUGCUCAGAAGAAGAUAGCUCAUAUUACGACAGCGAAGAGUCUUCAUCAGAGUCAUCUCCAUCAUCAAGAGAGAAUCAUGAGAAAGAUGAGGAAGAAGAUGAUGAUGAAGAAGAGGAAGAAGAAGAAGAAGAUGUGCUAGUGGUUGCCGGAUGCAAAGCUUGUUUCAUGUACUUCAUGGUUCCUAAGCAUGUCGAGGACUGUCCAAAAUGUGCAGCAGAGCUACUUCACUUUGAUCGACCUCCUUCUAUGUCUACUUAAAACCAACCCAUCAUCUCUUUGUUUUCUAUUUUUUCACUUCAUUCAGAUGAGAAUUUGUUUAGGCUUCCACUUUUCUUUCUUUCUUUGAUCUUAAUAUUGUUAUAACUUAGUGGUGGUUUUCUCUUGGGAGUGGGCGGGGGGCAUUAACACGAGUUUCAAUGGCAAGAAUGUUUCAGGACAGUAAAAUGUAAAAUGUUACUACCAAUUAGAAUGGUUUGGCAAAUCAUAAAUGA